CCCACAGCUUCCCGGGUGGACCAUGGCGAGUUCGGAGAAGGCGGAGACCAGGAGCCACAAGUUUGAUGUAGCGGUACUCGGAGGCGGCAUCUCAGGAUUGUCUGCGGCAAAGCUCUUAUCAGAAUAUGGCAUUAAAGUCGUGGUUUUAGAAGCCCGGGACAGAGUUGGAGGAAGAACAUUCACUGUACGGAAUGAACAUGUUGAUUAUGUAGAUGUUGGUGGAGCUUAUGUGGGACCUACUCAGAACAGGAUUUUACGGCUAUCUAAGGAGCUUGGUUUGGAGACAUACAAAGUGAAUGUAAAUGAACGUCUGGUUCAGUAUGUCAAGGGGAAAACUUAUCCAUUUCGAGGUGCCUUUCCUCCAGUGUGGAAUCCUCUAGCUUAUCUGGAUUAUAACAAUCUGUGGAGGACAAUGGAUGACAUGGGGAAGGAGAUUCCAGCUGAUGCACCAUGGGAUGCCCCCCAUGCAGAAGAAUGGGACAAGAUGACUAUGAAGGAUCUCAUUGAUAAAAUCUGCUGGACAAAGACUGCUAGACAGUUUGCAUCUCUCUUUGUGAAUAUCAAUGUGACUUCCGAGCCCUACGAGGUUUCUGCCCUAUGGUUCUUGUGGUAUGUGAAACAGUGUGGGGGCACUACUCGAAUAUUCUCAGUUACCAAUGGAGGCCAGGAACGGAAGUUUGUAGGUGGAUCUGGUCAAGUGAGUGAACGAAUAAUGGCCCUUCUGGGGGAUGCUGUGAAAUUGAACAGUCCUGUCACAUAUGUUGACCACUCGGGUGAUACCAUCAUUGUCGAGACGUUGAACCAUGAACGUUAUGAGUGCAACUACGUAAUCAGUGCAGUCCCUCCGGCUUUGACUGCCAAGAUACAUUUCAAACCCUCACUUCCACCAGAGAGAAAUCAGCUAAUUCAGCGACUUCCAAUGGGAGCUAUCAUCAAGUGUAUGAUGUAUUACAAAGAAGCAUUUUGGAAGAAAAAGGACUUGUGUGGGUGCAUGAUCAUUGAGGAUGAAGAGGCCCCAAUUUCAAUAACUCUUGAUGACACAAAACCCGAUGGAUCGAUACCUGCUAUCAUGGGUUUCAUACUGUCUCGAAAAGCUGACAGGCUUUCUAAACUUCCUAAGGAUAUAAGAAAGAGGAAAAUCUGUGAACUCUAUGCCAAAGUACUGGGAUCUGAAGAAGCUUUACAUCCAGUGCACUAUGAAGAAAAGAAUUGGUGCGAAGAACAAUAUUCUGGAGGCUGCUACACUGCCUACUUUCCACCUGGCAUUAUGACUCAAUAUGGAAGGGUGAUCCGACAACCAGUAGGCAGGAUUUAUUUUGCUGGAACUGAGACUGCAACACAAUGGAGUGGUUAUAUGGAAGGUGCAGUGCAGGCUGGAGAACGGGGAGCAAGAGAGGUCUUAAAUGCUUUGGAGAAGGUGGCAAAGAAAGACAUAUGGACUAAGGAACCAGAAUCAGUGGAUGUUCCGUCUAUUGAGAUCACACGCACUUUCUGGGAAAGAAAUCUUCCAUCAGUUCCAGGCCUCUUGAAGAUCAUGGGCUUCUCAGCCUCAAUAACUGCCCUGUGUGUUGUGUUAAACAAAUUCAAGCUGCUAACACGAUCCUGAGAUCCCACUCUCCAGUUCUCUACUUGUUCCUUCUUUAUAUCUUCAAAAGUAAAAUCUUGAAGAUUGUGACAUUGGAUCAUCUUGAAGUCACAGAAAUAACCCUUUGGUUUAGUUUGUUAGUGUUAAUUGUGAAAACAACCCAAAGAAUCACUUGUUAGUUUUAGUAAUAUCAAUUUUUAUCUUGUAGUCUAUGUGGCUAGCUUGUAUUACACAGUAGAAUGAAGCCAUUUGAUCAUUCACUUAA